UAUAGUGGCAUGUUAUUGCUUGUAGUAGCAACACAGAAACACGCACAAUAGUGUCUUGUGUUAUUCCUUACGCGUUAUUAAAUAUACAACUGUGGUUCAUUCGUUUGUUUAUCGCUCGUGCAGGAAUGGCGGAACAGAUCACGAGAGAAGAUGCGUUGACACGGGAGGGCCUCAGACACGCGUGUCACAUUAUGUUGUACGGAGACUCUAGUGCCAAACUCUUCGGGAAAAUCCCAAUCAGACAUAUAGUACUGAUGCAGAUGCGUUUUGAUGGCUUGCUAGGUUUCCCAGGGGGAUUGGUGAACCCGUCUGAGGAGACGCUGGAGGCGGGGCUUAGCAGAGAGCUCCACGAGGAAGUGGGCGUGGCUGUGCCUGUGGGUGUGGACAAUCACGUGUCCUCUUGCCUCUCUCCAUCCUGCCCUCGGCUCAUCACGCAUUUCUACAUCAAGAAGAUGACAGAGUCAGAGCUGAAAGAGCUAGAGAGAGCAGCUGUAGCUACAGCCACAGAUCAUGGUUUAGAGGUGUUAGGUAUGGUCAGAGUGCCGCUCUACUUUCUCAAGAAUGGAGGUGGUCUCCCCUAUUUCCUGUCCCACUCGUUCAUCAGUAACUCUCGGGCCCAGCUGCUCUCUGCCCUGCAGCGCUGCGGGCUGCUGUCCCAGGGGGAGCUGGAGAAGGCUGUGAGACAGGCUGAGCAGAUGAGACGCACACACAGUGGUGAUCCACACUGACAUCAGUUUACACAGCGGUGUCUUUUCACCCCUGGGCCACAGCUACAUCAGUAGCCCAACCCCCCAUUGCCAGUAGAAACUCCCUCUUGUCCUCACCCUACCCUCCGUUCCUGAUUCAACCGUAUACAGCAUGUACUAUCUGUAGAUAUCCUGUGUCACAGAGGAUCAGACCUGUUUAAAAUGCCUUAACUGUUAAUCAAAAAUGUACUAACAAAGUGACACUAGAUUCACUUAAAGGGAAUUGUUAUUAUUUGGUAGUAUCUUUAUGUCCAUAUUUGGACAUACCAUGGGAUGUUGCAAUAAUUAUACCUCAUAACAAUUUAAUUUGUUGUUAAUAUGAACCCAUAUAAUUUGCAUAUGCAAAUGCAUAAUAUAUUAUAUUAUUUAUGAAGAGUAAGAAACUCA